CUAAUUAUUUUUCUUCAUUGCCAUUUAGGCAGCAGCGUGAAGUGCUACCAGUGUUCAACUGAUGAAGAUCCAAAAGGGAAGGAUUUGUGUGGCGCCUACCAGAAAUUCAGGGAAGAAGAACAUGUUCCUGUAGACUGCCUGCAUGAUGAGAGUGUCACGCCUGGCACUUUCUGCGUUAAGGUCACCAAGCAGAGCCCAAGGAGUUUCAUCUGGGACGGCCGUUGGAGGACGGUGAUCAGACGUUGUGCAUCUGUCACUGAGACGGGCGUGACGAACGUGUGUAACUGGGGUGUGGAUCUGAACGGUGUGUACUACGAGGAGUGUUACUGCACCAGCGACAACUGCAAUGCUGCGCUGCCCAGCACUAGACCAUCACUCAGUCUCAUUGCUGUGCCUGUUCUCACUCUUGCUCUUCUGCGUACGCGGUUGUGAGUGACAUUCAUCAUCUGCACAUUCCAGGCGGCAGAAGAAUGUUGGCUCAAUAGUUUGCUCAUAGGAGUUGUUCAGGAUGAGACUUGGCCUUCAGAAUGAGCAAAAAAAAAGUUUUUAUAGUCGUAUUAUUGGGAUUUCUGUGAAAGUGGUGAGUUCAAAUCGUCCGAAGUAUUUCGUUCGCUCUAGAAGAGAAGGUAACACUGAGUUCCAGGUUUCAGUAAACCGAAAGUACAUUACAUUAAUCAGACGGGUGUUUUGUGUACAUUGCCACUAUUGUGAUCUGGUGAUGUUCUUUGCCAGUACAUCAAUAGUGUUCUUCUUCAUGUGAAGAUGAAAUGAUGGCGUGUACAUAUUAUCCAACCAUUUCAGUGUACCGGGACUACCGGCUAACUCAUAAGCCGCCAGAUUUCCAUUUCUUCAAUUGAUGGAACGAUCAGGGAUUUGAUUUGUUUUGAGAAAGAGAACAACUAUACCAAUUAUCGUCAGAGGGAUUGCGGACAAUUCUUGUUAGAUUUUACCCGUCGUUGACGAUUAGACACAGGGUAAAUUAUUGGAUCUGUUCACAAAUGAGAAUCUCAUGCUCAAUCUCAAUUUUGUCUGUCAUUUAGCUCAUUUGGAUCGCUAGUCUUGGAUGCAGAGUCGCUGCUACCGAUUAUAUAUUGACGUCACUGCGCGCGCUGCCGUGGUCAAACACAAAUUCAUUUAGUACGAUCUUGUCGAAGUAUUGAAUUUCAGGAGCAAUUAAACAAUUAAAUUAACGUCUCGAGUGUAGUAGGGACUCCUCAAUUUUAAUUAAUUAUUAUGCUCUCCUCUAUAACACAGAAGGCGCGGUCUCAUCGUGCAAUUAUUUCAAAUUACCAACACUUAACCGGUUUCGUUUCUCUACAGCGAUAUGUGCUCAAAUUUGUUCCUACUUAUUUCGUUCUAAUCAACUUCCUUACAUUUGCUUCGGUUGCAUUUAUGUAAUUUCAUGUCUUUAGUUAAUAAUGAGUUAGCCACGAAGAGAGAAACUGUAAUGUUACAAUGUCUUCCAUUUUAUAUUGAAAUAAUUCGAUGCGUUUCGAUUACUAGGGACUUGUUCAGUCAUUCCUGUUAUAGGUUGGUCCCCGAUAUAUAUAUCCUAUGCUGAUGUGAUGCAGAGGAUUUUCGAAAGGAUUUGCUGAUCAAUUCGUCAACUUUAGCCACUCGUAAAAGAUCAAGUUUUUCCCUCGUAAGUACCCCAUUGAACUGUAAGCUACAUCAGUCUCCACCUGAGCUCUUAGUGGCGAAUGAGGUUGUCAAAGUUAGGCUUCGUUCGUUUGGCACAUUUUUGAGAUAAAAUAUGACGUUUACUCAUGCUUGUAAGCUUUGAAUAGCAGAAGAUGACUGUCAUUGAAUUAUUAGAUGAUGGUAAACUUAACGUUAGCAAAUUUGGGGUAAGCAAUGUAUGCUAAUACCGCAAUUUUUACGUUUAAAAUAGCAGUAGGUGCUAAGAUAAAUAGCGUUAUUCCAGCAUGCAGUGAUAUGUUAAACUCACUCCGUCCAUUGCAAGUGCCUACUUAGUUAAUUAUAAUGAUCUAGAGUUAAUCUUUGGCAGCUAGUUACUGCUUUUAUAUAUAUUUAACCUAUAAUUAAGCCUCGCCCUAUUUUAUUUCUACACACAAUUUGCUAAUUUGUUCGUCUAUCACAUUUAGGCACUUAUAAAUUAACAUGAAAAGCUGGGGAGCAGAAAGUGGUUUGUGUCAACGGAGACAGCCUGUGCAUGCAGGCAGGCACUGGUUAAAUGAUAAUGAUCUUGGUAAAAAACAAGAAUUAACGAUCAUCACUAUUAUGUUCAUUCCAACCAUUCUGUACCAUUUCUGGUGAGAUAAAUGAAGACCAUGAG